AUGCUCCAAGCUAGCUCUACGCUCCAAAUACCCACAUACGUGACGACACAAAACCGCGCGAAACUCGGCGACACGAUCGGCGAGCUGCAACCGUAUCUCCAAGGCGCGCAUGUGCGCGCCAACGUCGACAAGACGUUGUUUUCAAUGAUCACACCAGAGAUCGAAGGCCUCUUGCCGAAGGUUGUUGAGUCGACGGAUAAGACUGUCCUGGAUGCUAUUAUUGUCGGGAUCGAAACGCAUAUCUGUGUCACGCAAACGACGUUGGAUCUGCUCGAGCGGGGACACAGGGUGUAUGUGCUUGUUGAUGGGGUGAGUAGUGUUAAUGCGGAAGAGAGAGGGAUCGCCCUGGCGAGGAUGAGGGAUGCCGGGGCGGUUGUGACUACGAGUGAGAGUAUUUUGUUUGAGAUUUUGGGUGAUGCGGAGCAUGCGCAGUUUAAGAUGGUUAGUGGGCUGGUGAAGCAAAUGAAGGGGGAGACGAAGGGGUCUUUGGAAGCGUUGUCGAAGAUUUGA